AUGGGAGCCGUACGGAACCGCGGAGCCCGCAAGAUGAGACCACCGCAGCGGAAGAUUCCCAGCCCGGGAGGGCAGACGCCAACGGUAACGGCGCCCGAGCCUGGAGAGCCGGGGGACUUCUCCAACGUACGAGAGUCUCUGUCUCCACGGCGCAUGUCUGGAAGAGGCUGCCAGUUUGUUGGUGAAACAAAAGCUGAAAAUUUAAUUCUGGAAAAGGAAUCUACUGAAAAUAUCAAAACCAGCCCACCAGAUUUAAAUGACAAGUCAAAUGAAGAUGAGGUACAGAAAAACACAGAUGAUGCUCAUAAACAGCUGGCAUCAGAAGAAAAAGAAGACCAACCUAGUGUAUCUCCAUCAAAUGAUGUUGGAUUUAAAAAGGUUUUAAAAUUAGUUGGAUUUAAAUUUACAAUUAAAAAGGAUAAAACAGAGACUGAACCUGUUCAGCUACUAGAUGAGGUCACAGAGAAAGUAAGGGAAAAUCCUGUUGAAGCAGAAAACAAAGAGGCAGAAAUUAAAAACAGUGGGAUUAACUCUCCAAAGUCUCCAGUAAGCCCAUUAAACAAUGACACUGCAUCACCUCUAAGGAAGUUUUUUAACCAGAGUUGGGCUGGGUUUAGAAAAAGGACAAGCUUCAGAAAAUCUAAAGAAGAAUUGUAAUCUGAGAAAGAAAAACAACAGGAAAUGGAGAAAGAUGUGACAACAGAAGUAAUAAUUGUUGAAAAAGAAUUCGAAAAAGAAAAACUGACACCAGAAAAAGAUGGGACAGGAUAUAUUAAAGGAAAUGGUGAGGAACAAAAAAAUAGAAGAAAGUUCAGAGGAGCCCAAGAAAAAAGUUGAUACUUCUGUAUCAUGGGAAAUUUUAAACUGUGUAGGCUCAUCAAAUAGAAGAAGCAGAAAAACUUAAUCUUCUGAUGAAGAAGCCAGACAAAGACUUUCUCAAAAUGAACAAAAAUCAAAUGAUGUGUACCAAAUGCUGAAGCAGUACCAGAUAUGGUAUUCAGCCAGUUCGGACCGGUUCACCCGAACCAAUAGUAACGAUUAUGCACAGUUUGGCGAACCGGCAAAUGCUGCCACUGACUGGCCCUUCCCCGCCCCUCUCCCUCACUUCUUUUUGCACUUCGCCUGCCUAGAGUCACGUCUGUGGCAUAGUUGCUGCUGCUCUCUGGUUCCCUCACUUGCUUUGACCACGCUGCCCAGUUGAUCGCUGGUGAGUCUUCCUUCGCUUCUCCCCAGCUAGCUCCCCCAUGGGCCAGCCAUGCUUGCCUGCCUUCCCCAUGGCUUUCCCGGCAGUCUAUGUGGCCAGGCCCACUUGCCUGCCUUCCCUACUCCCUUCCACGUAGCCCAUGUGAGGGAAGGAAGCCACUUUUUUUCUUUGCCUGCCUUUCGCCUUUCCCUCAUGCCAGCACCUCCCUUUCCAUUUCCCUAUUGAGCACAGUGCCCAGGAUCCUAUUUAAUGGGGAGGGGAAAUGGAGCAGCAUGAGGGAAGGAAGCCACUUUUUUCUUUAC